AAUAACGGCUAUUUUCGUUUUCUAAAUAAAAAGUAUGCGAUAUUUCAAAAUAAAACAUCCGCUAAAUCAGUCGUGAAUACGUAAAUAAGCAAGCCGAAAGCCGACCACUAUGGAAAACGAAAUCAUCAUUUUCAUAUCUGUGGGGUCAUGGCAAUAAUUAUAACACUAUCACAUCACAAACGUGAGAAGAAAUCGUUGGUGGCAAUAUCCUGCUUGUGCCUUCCUCUUCCUCCUUUGCCAUCUUCUAACUCCUGUCAUUUCGUAAUACGAAAGAAAGAUGUAAUUUGAAAUCACACCCCAUCAGUGCUCGCUCUAACCCGGCACUAUUUUUAGUCGGCCACAAACAGCUGAUCGUUUCGCGACUGCUGUUGUUGCUAAGAACUGUAAUUUUGUUGUCCUGACGUUAAAUAUAACUGACUAUCUCAGAAUUAUUAAGUGUCUAAAAGUCCAACUAGUUAUAUAUAUGGAUGAAGACUGUCACUGGAACUCCCUCGACGCAAUCCGCAUCUCAGAAGAUAAAAGACUGUGUGGUCAAGUGAAUUCGAUAGUACACUUCCCUGGCACAUAAAAGUUCAAUUUUUUUUAAAGCUAAACUUUUGUCAACUUUUGGCGUUGUGGUUAUACACUUCGAAGUAAAAGCUGUUUCUACAUUAUUCGUAUUUCACAUGACGAGACUGUGAAGAAAGUUCAAAUAUGGGGAAGAACUCUAAGAAAAAUCAAAGUUUAUCGAAACCUCCAGUUGAAAUCCAGCAUGAUGAUUACGUCGAUGCAUUUAUUCCAACACCACCGGAUGGUGGUUGGGGAUGGGUCAUUGUAGUAGCUUCUCUCCUCAGCAACGUUAUUGUUGAUGGAGUUGCUUACUCUUUUGGUGUUUUCUUUGAUGAAUUUGUUAAUUAUUUCAAUGAAUCAAGAAGCAAGACCUCUUUAAUAGGAUCUGUACUAGCUGGUACCUACCUCUGUGCAGGCCCUAUUGUUAGUGCCUUUACAAAUCGCUUUGGUUGCCGUCCUGUAGCAGUGGUUGGAAGCUUCAUUGGUGCAUUUGCCUUCCUACUGUCUACACUUUCUCCCAAUAUAGACACAAUGAUUGUAUUUUAUGGAGGUUUUGGAGGAUUUGGUUUAGGUCUCAUUUAUCUACCUUCUAUUGUAAGUGUUGGCUACUAUUUUGACAGAAAACGAGCAAUUGCUACUGGCAUUGCCGUGUGUGGUUCUGGAGUUGGCACUUUCAUAUUUGCUCCUCUCGGAGGUUAUUUGCUUGAACAAUAUGAUUGGAAAAACUCUUUGUAUAUUGUUGCUGGUCUCAUCCUAAAUGGUGCUGUGUGUGCAAUGUUAAUGAGACCACUUGAAGUUCCGCGGAAGAAAGGUUUAAAGAAAAAUGUACCCCCACGGGAAAAAAAUAUGAUUGACAGAAUCAAAGAACAGACAAAACGAACUCGAUUAGAUUCUGAGCCGAGUAUAGUCGAUGAUGUUAAAACUAUUGAUGCAACAAAUAGUUUAUUUCAGAAAGUACAAUUAGCAAAACUCCAGCGUGAGAACCAACUGAAUGAAGAUGAGUCCGAAUUAGGUUCAUUGCCAAGUACUAUAUUUUUAAAACGCCAAGACAGUGAACAGACACGACCCAAAAAACUUUCCUUGUCUGAUCGAGGUGAUACAUUUAGUAAAUCAAGUACGCCAACUGACCUGCCAAAAAUUGUUGUCCACGAUCCUGUAUCAAAGUCACCAUCUCCUGACUCAGAAACUUCAGUUGCAAAUGAAACUUCUCAGAACCCCCAAGAGAACACUGCCAGUUCCACACGAUCUCUAAAGAAACAAGACUCAGAAACGACUAACUCCACCAAAUCACAUUCAAAACGAAAGUCAUCACAGAAAAGAAGAGAAUCUGAUGAAGUAAGUGUGACACCUUCUAUCAGUACUCCUGUAACUCCCGUGACACCAGAGGAUUGUGUUAUUAAUCCAGAGCAGUUUACAGACCUGAAUAGCAGUAGCCAAUCAAAGCGUCACAGUACCUCCAACAGACUUGCCAUAGCUAGUUUACCAAAUGGACUUCAGGCUGAUACCAAGGAUCCUAGUAGGCCCCUCCUCGGAGAUGUCCACAAGAAUCUUGUUAUGAAGCAGAACAGAGAUGGAACGAAGGAGUAUUGGCACCGCUCAUCUGAAUUUGCCGGUAAGUUCCGUGGUCGCCGCUCCAGUGAACAACCUUGUAAAUCAGAAAGAAGACCUAGUGAAUUCAUGCUAAGAUUCCAGCGCCGCUUCAGUGAAUAUCCAGAUUAUAUAUGCUGUUAUUACCCUCACCUUGUUUGCACUCAACCUAGUUUGAAAAUACUGGUAAGUAUUUACUUGCUUUUAAGAUUGGUUUCAUGUAAAAAGAUUUUUAAGAAUGGUUUCAUUGUAAAGGUAGUAAUGACAAAUAAAAAUUCUCAUGGAUACAAACCUUUAUAUUCUAAGUUGUCCUUUAUUGAAAUUAUAGCUCUCAUAGAUUUUUCAUUAUUAAUUGAUCCAGCUUUUGGAAUAAUUUGCCUUGGAAAUGUACUAGUUUUCCUUGGAUACUUUAUUCCUUUUGUCUUCCUUCGAGAUCGAGCUACUGAAGAGUUAAACAUUACACGUUCAAAUGCUGCUUUUUUAUUGUCUAUUAUUGGUAUUACAAAUACCAUUGGUCGGGUGGUUACUGGUUUUCUUGCAGAUCUUCGGAAAGUAGACAGUUUGUUGAUCAAUAAUGUUGCUCUGCUUGUUACAGGCAUUGCAACCUGUCUCAGUUUAUUCUGUAACAAUUAUGCAACUUUAUGUAUUUAUGCGAGUGUUUUCGGUCUCUUUGCAGCUGCAUUUAUAUCAUUAACUUCCAUUAUCAUCUGUGAUCUCUUGGGUUUGGAUAAGCUCACAAAUGCUUUCGGACUCUUGUCAUUGGUUAGAGGAAUAUCGACCAUCAUUGGACCACCUUUGGCUGGUGCUAUAUAUGAUUCAACCAAAAACUAUGACUCAGCAUUUCAAAUGGGUGGAAUACUGAUUAUAUGCGGAGGUUUGCUGCAUUUUAUUCUAUACAUCCCUCCAAUUGCAAAACGGCGGCACCGGAUAGAAAGAGAAAUAAUCACAAGUCCAAGUGAAGCAGUAAUAGAUGAGAAAAUUGAGGAAGAACUUAGUGAUGAAGAAAUUGAAGAUGUGAAAUCUUGUUGAGAAAAAAAAACAUACUGUUAAAUGGCAGCAGCAACAAAUACCAUUAUUAUUGUUUAUGACUUGUAACUGAGGAAUAAUAAAGGCAAAACUCCAUUCUUUACACGAUAUGUGUAAAACAUUUCAAGCUUUUACCAAGAUGGUAUAUUCAACCACUUUUCCAUUCCUGGUUACACUGGAUUUUCUUUUUGCAGAAAUUGUUCAAAACACAAUUUGGGAAUGAAAGCACUUUUUAAACAAUCGCCACAAUUUUUACAAAUAUACAUCUGUAAAGCUUUUUUUCUUUGAGAAUUGUUAUCUAAAAUCUUUUAUCUCAUCAAAUGUCAUCAUAAGUUAAAAUAUUUAGAUGAAAUUUUUAAUAAAACGAAGAAUGGCCAUUUGGUUUAAAUAUUUAUUGUUUAAUCAUAUAAAUAUUCACCAUUAUUCAUUUCUUUGUGAAAUAUAACACAAUUUUUUUUUUAAAAAUCAUAUAUUAGUUAAUUCCAUUUUACAAUUCAAGUCUCUAUUCCAUUACGUAUUAUUGUAAUGUAAUUUUUUUCUAAUUUCAGAAGAAAGGUGUGUCACCUUUAAGCUUCUGCAUGUGAAUAAGAUUAACUUCUUAUGGCAAUAGAAUUUUACCCCUUCUUAUUGAAAAGAAGUUACUAUUUUGGGAUUCUACAGGCUAUAGUUUGUCCUUAUCCAUGCAGUGCUGUAAUGACAAAGCAAGCAAGAAUGUGUGUGUGUGUGUGUGUGUAAAUGCAUAUAUAUAUAUAUGUGUGUGUGUGUGUGUGUGUGUGUGUAUGUGUAUAUGUAUAUA